AUGGCAGUGGAAAUAGAGCCCGAACCGCGGGAAGAGAAUGGACCGCCACGGGAAGAUGGCAGCGAGCAAGCAAUCGUCAACCCUCCAAUGAAAAGAGGAUUCCAGUUCUGGGCCAUUAUCUCCGCACUCUGUGUGACCGGUCUCCUGGGAGCACUCGAGAAUACGGUGGUUUCGACUUCAAUGCCAACAAUUGUGGAGGAACUGAACAUUGGCGAGAACUAUAUCUGGAUCACGAAUGCCUUCUUCCUUACCAGUGCAGCGGUUCAGCCCCUAUUUGGCCAGCUAGCCAAUGUUUUUGGUCGUCGAUGGUUGACGAUUUUCAUCGUUGCGGUAUUCAUCCUGGGAAGUGGCAUCUGUGGUGGCGCGAAUGGCGCGAACAUGCUCAUCGUCGGACGCGCUGUUCAAGGUAUUGGAAGUGGUGGCGUCAACAUGAUCGUCGAUGUGAUCGUAUCGGAUCUCGUUCCAUUGCGUGAGCGUGGAAAUUUCAUCGCCAUCGUGCUCACCGUGUACUCCAUUGGCAGCUCGAUGGGUCCCUUUGUAGGUGGAAUUAUUGUCCAACGAACGACUUGGAGAUGGGUCUUCUACAUCAACCUGCCUGUUGGCGGGUUUGCGCUGGUGCUUCUGUUCCUGUUUUUACACACUAACUAUGAGCGUGAGACCACAUUUUCCGAGAAAAUCAAGCGGAUCGACUAUAUCGGCAAUGUCCUCAUUAUGGGAGCUACGUCAGCGGUGCUCUGCGCAUUGACCUAUGGAGGCUCACGGUAUGCAUGGAGCUCGUGGCAGAUCAUCGUGCCGUUGGUACUAGGACUUGCUGGAAUGGUUAUAUUCAUGGUCUUCGAACAAUCCAAGUUCUGUCGUGAGCCUGUGGUGCCGCCACGCCUGUUCAAAAAUCGAACCUCCCUCGUGGUCUUCAUCAACACAUAUUUAUUCACGCUUCUUCUCUACUGGGUGCUGUUCUUCAUUCCAGUCUACUUCCAGGCCAUUUUGGGGUCUUCGGCAGCCCGAGCAGGCGUUCAAAUGCUCCCUAUCACGCUCGUCGCGAUUCCCGGCGCCGUCAUUGCAGUCAUAAUCCUCUCGAAGUUUGGAAAGUAUAAGGCCCUUCAUCUAGCAGGUUUUAUUAUCCUCACUUUGGGCAUUGGCCUGUUUGCCAACCUUGAUCGCUACUCCUCCGAUGCGGAGUGGAUUAUUUAUCAGAUCAUUGGCGCGCUCGGGUCUGGAAUGAUCCUGAAUACCUUGCUCCCUGCCUUCCAGGCCCCACUUGCUGAGUCGGACCAGGCGGCCGCCACCGCGACCUGGGCGUUUAUGCGGAGCUUUGGAAAUGUGUGGGGUGUGGCUAUUCCCGCUAGCAUCUUCAACAAUCAGUUUAACACAUAUGCCUAUCGUAUUUCAGAUGCUAGUGUGCGGGAAAUACUCUCCAACGGUCACGCCUACCAGCACGCAUCCAAUACGUUCAUUAACAGCCUAAGUGAACCGGUGAAGAGCGAAGUUAUCGGCGUGUUUUCUGACUCCCUUAAGCUUGUCUGGGAGGUAUCGAUUGCUUUCUGCGGUCUUGCUUGUAUACUAGUAUUUUUUGAAAAGGAUGUGCCUUUGCGAAAGGAGCUUGAGACAGAUUAUGGCAUGGCGGAAAAGGACGACAUUCAAGCAAAGAAGGAUAGUAUUCCCGACGCUGAAAAAGCAGGUUCAGACACUUCGAAGACUUAA